AAACAGUGCAGGAAAGCCAGUGAGUUGACCAGAAGACCUAAACAUUCGAUUUCGUAUUAAACGUGGACAAGUAAUCAACACAGAUCGACAGAGCAGAUCGCAUAUUACUGGUGCUUUUUGAGAUUCACUGCUCUUCUUGUACAGAUGGAUACAUGUACAGCAAUGCCUGUGGAGCACUGGAGUGAAGAUCAAGUGAGUGACUGGUUGAACUCCGUGGGGAUCAAAAAAGAAUACAUCCAGAAGCUCCAUGAGGAGAAGGUAACGGGAGCUGUUCUUAAGAGACUGGAGGACCAGUACCUUAGGGAAAAGAUUGGCAUGAAAGGUGGACAAAUUGAGCUGCUUUUGAGUCAAUUAAAUAAAUUAACAAUUGAAAGUAAGGCCAAGGCUGCUAGUUCCAAGAAAAAAAAAGCAAAGGAUCGUGGUCAUAGAAGAGCCAACCAAAGUCAAACUCCAAUCAAGGCUCAACUCCAACACAAUACUGAAAAAAGCAGGGCAGAAGAAGCUAUUGAUUUCAGUCAGUCCUCAUUGAUAGAGAUUGACCCACGACCAUUUGACACAGAAGUAACAGACUUCAGAUAUGCUACAAAUGGGCAAUUGCACCCAAAAAUGGAGAUCAUCAAAUUGGUAACACCUUGUCAUGAGUUUAAAUCUCAAGUCACAGUUGCCACCAUGGACAGAAAGCUACUCCAAACUGAGUUUGCCAGAGAGGUUCUCAAGUUUGCUUGUGGGUGCAUGAAUACACGAACCAAUGGUACAAUACACUUUGGGGUGGAGGACGGUGGAGGAAAGAAUAUUUUUGCUCGCGGUCAAGUUAUGGGUGUGACCAUACAGGACAAGGACAUUUACAGAGACGCAUUAGACCAAAUUGAAAGUUGUUUUGUGAGCGAUAGCCAAAAGCAGGAUGCUCGGCUGUGCGUACGGCCUCCACAGUUUAUUGAAGUUGUUGAUGGAGAGAAUGGAACUGGCCGUUUUGUAAUUGAAGUGGACGUUGUGCCCAAAUCAAGCACAGUAAGUGGCAAAGUGUACUCUGUCUACCUCCCUAUUUACAAUGAAACGUCAAAAAAUGUUGUAUUAGAAAAGAAGGCGGUAUAUCGGCGUGUUAAGUCCCAGACAGAGCCAGUUAUUGAAGAUGAGCAAGUGGAAUUUAUCCUUGGUAUAACAGAAAGAGACAAAGACAGAAAGGAAGCUGAGGAGGCACUUGCCCAGAUUCCAGAAAUUCCUGAAGACCUGGAAAAGAACUUGAGCCGCCAUUUCACCUGUGGAAAAAAAUAUAUGGACAAUAAUCUGUGGUACAUUCUUGUCACUAACAAAUGCGACCCUUUAAAUCUAAAGAAUGUUGAUUUUCUGUUUAAUUUGAACAUAUUCUGUGUUUUUGAUUUUGACCCCGAUUCAAAACAGUCAGGAUUAUGUGGUCAAUAUUUGAACCAUCAUGCAGCAAACCUCCACUUCCUGAAAAGCUAUGCAAAUGAGAGUGGCCAGAGCACCAGUGAGUUCAUAAAGUCACUGCAACUCUUUAACCAAACAAGCUGGAUCUUUUGUAAUGGCAGCACUGACUAUCUUGGAGAUGAGCAGCCCUGUGAUGAAAAGACCUGGAUCAAGACCAAGAAAAAGCACCUCAAAAAGGCUGUGUGGCUGAUCUGUAAUGAAAUUCUCCCUAAGGGCUCUUACUUGGUGCUCUUCCUUUUGAAUUCUCAUGUGGAGCAGCCCCUUGGUGACACCUUCCAUGAGUUCUAUGCUGAAAUGAAUGGUCAUGAGGAUAUACUCUGCAUUUCAGAAUCAGAAGAGCAUUAUAAAAGAUGGGCAAGAUUUGCACAGGCUUCCUGUGACAUUACAACACUGAAGGAGAUCAGCAUUGUGGGAAUGAAAAUGAGUCGCAUCAAUGCCACUAUCCAAAGCCUGCAGUUGUCCUCGGCCAAGGUAGUGAGGCAUUUGCCGGCUUAUAACAAGGGAUUGUGUUCCCUUCAAACUGUAGACGAAGAGCGACUGCUAGCACUAGAGGUGUUAAGUGCAGACCAGUGUGAUGACACCAAUCUAGAGCUGUUUGAUAAGGAGCAUAUCAGUAAUAUUGAGAGAUACUUCUAUCAGGGCGGUAAGGUGAGCUGGAUGAAUUUCUGGCUUGCAGAAAGUAAAUUGUGUGGAGAGGUAAUUCAGAGGGAAGCUUGCAGAGACGCGAUCAGAAUAGUAAGCGACCUUUUGAAAGUGAACAUGACAAAAGCAGUUGUCAGAGUAAGUAUCUUCCACCAUCCCGGCAGCGGAGGCAGUACAGUGGCUCGGCAAGUCUUGUGGAAUUUCAGGAAGGAUCUAAGGUGUGCUGUGGUCAAGCCUUCCUUUUCUGCAGUGACCGUCUGCGAACAAGCAGUUAGACUUCGUGAAUAUGAAGAAAAGGACCAAAACUACUGCCUGCCAGUGCUGCUCCUGGUCGAGGACACUGAAGAAGAGUAUCUCGAUGACCUAAAGCAUGAGCUAGGAACUGCUAUUGACUCGAUGAAGAUCAGCCCUCCGACACUGUGCUUCAUCCUGCUGACCUGCAAGCGUUCCCACGACCCCGUGAAGAUGUGUCGAGCCCCGCCAUUACAGACGGUAGCCGUCACACACAGAUUGACUGAGGAGGAGAAGAUGCAGUUCUCUCGCAAGCUGGAAACACUUCAGCAGCAGUUCCAGCCAGAAUUCAUCCUUACUUUUGUUCUCAUGAGUGAAGAAUUUGAGGAACAAUAUGUGAAAGACUUUGUGGAACAUCUCCUCCAAGGGAUAGACCACUCUUCCCCUGUCACUCGCCUCAUUCUUUAUGUGGCUUUGCUCAACUGUUAUGUGCAGAAUUCCUACAUCUCAGUAUCCCAUUGUGAAGUGUUCCUUGGGCUUGGAAUCCAAAUGGAUCGAUUUCAGCAAUGCAGUUUUGAGAGAUCAUUAAGUGAGCAUGCCAGGCUAGUGUUUAUUCACUUGCGAGAGGGCACCACAUACAUCUCGUCCAUACGGAUCAUUCAUCCCUUAGUAGCCAAAGAAAUCUUGCGGCAGCUGUCUGGCAGCCAGCUACAGAGUAAAACUGCGAUGGACCUUCUGCAGGAAAAGGUUCUUUUUGUCCACAGAUUUGGCCGGGAAGAAUAUCUCAGGUUCAUUCGGGACUUGUUUAUCAGGCGCUACAGAAAAAGUAGGGGAGACAACAUUGACAGCUUCUUUUCUCCACUCAUUGUACAUGUGUGCAAUGAAGAGAAGAACCCUGACAAAGCCAUGGAACUUCUAAAGGUAGCCUACACCAGUUUCAACGCGGAUCCUUUUUUUGCACAACAGCUUGCCCGCCUCUAUUAUUCCUAUGAAAUGUUUCCAGAGGCCCAGCACUGGGCUGAGGUAGCUAAGUCACACUUGCCACGUGACUCAUUUAUUCUUGACACAGAAGGCCAAGUGUAUCGAAAGUGGUUUAUUGUCCGUUAUGAUGCACUAAAGACUUCAGACUUGCAGCCUGAAGAUGUUAGCGAAAUUAUUGAAAUUGCACUAAAAGCAAUCGAAGCAUUUCGAGCAUCUGAGAAAGCAGCCAAGUCAGAAGCAGAGACCAUGAACAACUCUGGGUAUUUUGGAGAAGUGGAUGUGGGAUGUCGGCUUCUGCAGCUCAUAUCCUCAAUGAGUGUGUUCAGGGGAGAAAAUGGCUAUCCAGAACUCAUGCGCUACCUGUUAACUAGCCACAUCCCACCAGAAGUCUUCAAACCUUGGGAAAACUUCCACAGCCGGUUGAAAGGUUUGCAGAAGAGCAUUUAUGAAGCUCUCGAAUGGAUCUCUGAAGACCUCAGUUACUUUCAGACGGGACAAACCGAGGAGACAGAAGAACAAUGCACAAAAGAAUUGGAGCAAGUCUAUAAUCCACGCAGGUGGCUGCUGAGGAAGAUGAAUGUGUAUGCCCGCUUCUUCAGUGACUCCUCAUUUAGCUCACUCCAGCAGACUGCAGAUACAAUGGGCCACGAUUCUUUAACUCCUCUCACACGGCGCAUGCAAAUCUAUCACCUUGGCGGUGGAAAUGUAACCUCUAUCCUGUCACUACUGUCAGAUCAGAAGACGGAAAGACCUGGCAGAAAAUUAGAGCAAAUUAUCCGUAUGUAUCCAAAAGACCUGCAGAAGGAGAAGAUUGACACUAUUGACCUUGUGAACUACAUCUUGAGCCAGAUUGCCCUGGGGUGCUGCCUGCCCUCAUCCCCAUUGCUUGUUUCCCUGGAGAAACUUCAGGAACUGAGCCUGCGUUUUCACAAAGACCGGCACAGCAUGUGUCUUCCCAGCGCCUAUUUCUUACUGUCUCUUCUGUUCUGGCCAGAAGAAACCGACAGACAACUGGCUGAAAAGAAAAAUAGCAUUCUCAUGUCGGCCAUCGAUGCUUUACGAAGACUUUAUGAAAUUAAAAUAAAACACAUUCCUUCUAGAAAAAAAAGAAUAUACACUCACUUUUUUCUGGGGAAUGAGGAGAAGCUGGACCGCUACAUUCACAGGAGCAAACUAGAGAAGCUCAUCAAAGGCAAUCUGAAUGAGAGGAGAUUAAAGUGGUUACGUGGUGAAGUAUGGGCUGCGCCGGAGGUCACCCGCUUGCUGAAGCGUGUCCAGGGCUGGACAAUGGAUGGCAACGUGUUUGUACAAGGCAUCUGCAAAGGUAGCAAAAUCCGGGUCCUUCCUUUAUAUUUUGCUUCCAUGCCAAACACCAAUGAGAAUGUCUCCUUUUACCUUGGGUUUUCCUUUGAUGGCCCGGUGGCCUUUGAUAUUCAGCUACUUCGCUAAACAAGAAAGUGUCGCCCAAAGUCACCAAGGGUUUACGAGGCUAAACUGCUCUGUUAGAAAGAUUUAUAUUUAUUCCUGCGCUUACAACAAGGUGCAGCUCUUGAAAAACACUUUCCCAGAAUGCGCCUGUAGACCACUCUGAAAUUUGGACCGCAUUUCCCUUCAAAGUCAAAUUAAUCUGGCAACAGAGACUUGAAGUUUGAACUGCAGGACAAACUAAAUCAAGGGGUAACAAGAGGACUGUGGCUGGUCUUAAUUUUUUCAUUCAGCUCUGCUUUUGAAGUUGACAGUCCAUAUGCAUGUAGGAUGUGAAGAAGGAAAACACAAAUUGGUCAAAUUUAAGGUUAACUCCAGACUGAGGGACAUUAGUGGUUUUGUGCAGGGCUGAUGAACAGCAGUGCUACUCCAAUCCAUGGAUACUGUAAGAGUCUGAUUGUUCUUGUAUUCUCGGUCCUUGUGCCCUCACUGUGGUAGCAUUACCUGUUGACAUCAAACUGGUAUCACAGGUCACACUGGUCACAACCCACUCUUACAACAUCCCCUGCCCCUCCAGAUUUUGUGUUUUCUUCAGCACAGGCUAACAAUCUGAGUAGUAGCCGGCACGAAGGUAAGGAAGCAAGAUACAUUUAAAGUGGUGGGUUCUUUGAAGAUGCUAUUAGUGUUCUGCAGUAGAUUGGUGGGAAGAGUGUAAAAGAAAAGUUAAAGAGUUGGCUCUAGAUUAUGGAUUGGAGAGAGUGGAGAAAGAGAAAAACGAUUUGAUGCAUUUAACACUAGAAUCCCUGAAGCCUGCGAAAAUACUUGUAGUGCCGGGCCACCUUAAUUUUACUCGUAACUCCUCAUCACUACAUUAAUUGCACACUGAUAAAGCGAUCAGAAACUUUUUUCAUUUUAUAGUACUAAUGACAGAAUGCUGACGUGAAGUGUAUAAUUUGUGAAGACUGAAGUCCAAACAUCAAAUAAACACUUUCAUUCUUACAUUUA